AUGACCACACCUAUCCCCCAACCCCCUGGUGUCCCGUUCCUCGGCAACGUCAACACCAUCGAUCGCGAUCUGCCCAUCAAGUCCUUCGAGCUCCUUACACAGCAGUAUGGCGAGAUCUUCCAACUCAACAUUUUCGGCGCGCGACGCAUUAUCAUCAACUCGUAUAAACUCCAAGCCGAGAUGUCGGAUGAGAAGCGCUUUAUCAAGAACAUCAGUGCGAACUUGAAACAAGUCCGAGCUGCUGCGUCAGACGGUCUAUUCACCGCGUUCCCCGAUGAGCCAAAUUGGGGGAAAGCUCAUCGUCUCUUGAUGCCUUGCUUCGGCACCGCCGCCAUAUUUGGCAUGUACGAUGGCAUGAUGGACAUCAUCGACCAGCUGGUCACGAAAUGGGAGAGGUUCGGUCCUCAUGAGGAUAUCGACCCUGCCGCCGAUUUCACUCGGCUCACCCUCGACGCGAUCGCGCUCUGUUCCAUGUCCUAUCGCCUCAACUCGUUCUACAGAGAGGAACCUCACCCUUUCGCGAUCGCCAUGACGGAUUUUCUUCUUGAAAGCGGACGCCGUUCGGCGCGGAACGCGCUUGUUCAAGCGAUAAUGACCCAGACGAAUGCCAAGUACGAGGCUGAUAUUGCCACGAUGGGUCAACUCGUUAGUUCGAUUCUCGAGGACCACAAGAUCCGCCCUCCCGCAAAGCCUGAUCUGGUCACGGUCAUGCUGAACGGGGUAGAUAAAGAGACGAGGGAGAAGCUUCCCGAGGAAAACAUCAGGGCCAACCUCCUGACUUUCCUUAUCGCCGGUCACGAGACGACAUCGGGAAUGCUCACGUUCGUUGUGUACUAUCUCCUCAAGAACCCUGAAGCAAUGCGCAAACUCCGCGACGAGAUCGACACGAAGAUCGGCGGUCGCCGGGUGACCACCAAGGAUGUCAACCAGCUCCCUUAUCUUCUGGCCGUCAUGCGCGAAGCCAUGCGCCUUGGUCCUACCGCUCCCGCGCGUUCAGUGACUCCCAUUCACGACGACGCGGUCGUAACCGGCAACAACGGCCAAUAUCUUCUCCACAAAGACGAACCGUGCAUCCUCGUCACUUUCAACGUGCAUCGCGACCCCAAGGUGUGGGGCGACGACGUCCUGGAAUUCAAGCCCGAGCGCAUGCUCGAUGGCAAGUUCGAGGCCCUCCCACCCAACGCGUGGCAGCCUUUCGGGUUCGGCCUGCGCGGCUGUAUCGGCCGGCCGUUCGCGUGGCAGGAGGCGCAGCUCGCGCUCAUCUCCAUCUUCCAGAGAUUCGACCUCGUCAUGCGCGACCCGACGUACGAGCUCGAGAUCAAGCAGACUCUCACGAUCAAGCCCCAUAACUUCUACGUCCGCGCGAUCCCAAGGACCGACCGACCGCGGAUGCUCCUCAACCCGUCGAGCGCGCCGAUCGCAGCGCCUGGAGAGCCCGCGCAGAUAGCGAGCGACGUUUCGCCUGCGAACGGGCUGAAGCCGAUGUACGUGUUCUACGGCUCGAACACCGGGAACUCGGAGUCGUUUGCGCAGCGGAUCGUCUCUGCGGCACCCACUCACGGGUUCGCCGCGACGUUGUCGACGCUCGACAUGGCCGCGGAGCACCUUCCGAAGGACGGCCCUGUCCUCAUCCUCACCGCCUCCUUCGAGGGCUUGCCCGCGGACAACGCGAAGCACUUCGUCGAGUGGGCCGAGAAUGUCAAGGCGGCAGAUGCCUUCGCUGGUAUCAAGUACGGCGUCUUUGGAUGCGGCAACACGGACUGGGUGUCGACCUACCAGCGCGUGCCCAAGCUGAUCGACGAUGCGCUCGAGGCACGUGGUGCUAUCCGGCUCGUUGAUCGUGGUGUUGGUGAUGCGGCGAGCGCGGAGUUCUUCGAUGCCUUUGACAAGUGGGAGGAGAUGGUUUGGGCGAAGCUCUCCACGGAGUACGGCGCUGUGAAGAGCGAGCAGGCGGUCGGCCUCGAGAUCAAGACGGUAUCUUCGAGCGUGGUGCGCGCAGAGCUCCUCCGCCAGCGCGACAUGGGCUUCGGCACCGUCAUUGAGAACAAGGUGCUUACCGCGGAGGGCCAUCCGCCCAAGAUGCACAUCGAACUCGCGCUCCCAGAGGGAUUCACCUACCGCGCGGGCGACUACCUUGCAAUCCUCCCUACAAACCCGGAACGCACCGUACGUCGCGCGAUGGCUCGGCUCAACCUCGAUUCAGACGCCGAGAUCGAGAUUUCCUCCACGGCACCCACCCACUUCCCCACCGGCAAGCCCGUUUCCGUCUUCAACCUCCUCAGCGGCUACGUCGAGCUGCAGCAGCCCGCCACGCAGCGUGACCUUGAGGCCCUCAUUGCCGCCGCCCCCGAAACCGCCCAGGCCGCGCUCAAGGACCUCGUGGCGAACUAUGCGGACAAAGUCUUCGCCCCUCGUCUCAGCGUGCUCGACGUCCUCGAGGAACAGCCCUCCAUCCCGCUCACCCUCGGCCCGCUCCUGCACAUGCUCCCCGCGAUGCGCAUCCGGCAGUACUCCAUCUCCUCCUCCCCGCUCUGGAACCCGACGCACGCGACGCUCACGCUCGCCGUCGUCGACGCCCCCGCGCGCUCCGGCCGGACCGAGCCCUACCUCGGCGUCGCGUCCACCUACCUCGCCUCCCUCCGCGGCGGCGACAAGGUGCAGUGCGCGGUGCGGCCGAGCGCCGCCGCGUUCCACCCGCCGACGGACCCGGGCGUGCCGCUCGUGAUGAUCUGCGCCGGGUCCGGGCUCGCGCCGAUGCGCGGCUUCCUGCAGGAGCGCGCGGAGCAGAAGCGCGCGGGGCGGGCGGUCGCGGCGAGCCUGCUGUUCUUCGGGUGCCGCGAUCCGCGGGGCGACUUCUUGUACGGGGACGCGGAGCUGAAGGAGUGGGCGGAGCUCGGGGUCGUCGACGUCCGCCCGGCGUUCUCGCGGUGCGUCGGGGAGUCGGCGGGGUGCAGAUACGUGCAUGACCGCAUCGGGCAUGACAAGGCGGAGGUCGUCGCGGCGUACGAUGCCGGCGCGAAGUUCUUUGUAUGUGGCUCCGGUAGAAUCCUGCAAGGUGUGAAGGAGACGAUCGUCGAGCUUGUGAAGGAGGUCAGAGGCAUCAGCGACGAGGUCGAAGCCCAAAAGCUUCUCAACCACAUCAUGCAGGGUCGCUUCGCCACGGACAUCUUCGAGUGA